AAAACUAUGUGGUUUUUAUCGAUUGCAUGAUAGCUAUUGACUUUUCAACACCACCACUCUUUUGACUCUUUGUCUGUGUAUCAAUGUUCCUUUCAUUUAAUAGGACAAACCUUGCAAUCACCCGGCAAAAACUGCGAAUGGUUUAAGCAUCUUUAUUAUUAAUGAAAGAAACGUCAGCGACUCUAGUUGAAUAUAAGAUAUGCUUCCUCAAUAACACUAUUCUUCAUCGAUAUAUCAUACAAUUUCACAUAAUUGCUGUAUUUGACAGGGGCAAAGCCCGAGCUUAUUAAUUAUUCAAAAUCUUUCCAGCUUCAUUGUUUUCACUAUGGUUAUUUUUGCAGCUUUUGACAAUAUUUUGUACCCUUGUGAUGCCAUGCUGAUGAACCGCAUCUUGUCUUCACUGGGUCUCCUUUGUUGUAACAUUUUUCUUUCAGAAACUGGUGGAAAUAUUUAUCUCGGCUUAACGAUUUCGAAAUAAACUCCAAUAAUGACAGAUACAAAUAUUUAUGCGGCAUUAAAUCUUCAAUUCAAGCCAGUGCAUUGAAGUCAGGUCAUUUAUUCAAUUACUAAUAAAAUUUUAAAUUCUUAGGGAUUUUGUUUGUCCUAGUGCACUUAAUAUUACUGAGAUGAAAAGAUAUACUUGUAAUAAGGAGUUGGAGGAUUCUAGGAAAGGUUAUAAGAAUUUUGCGAGCAUAAUUAUGCUAGUGAAAACCAAACUUUUGACCCGAAAAUCUGCCAGGUUAUAAAUAUAACAUAGCAGCUUAGACAUCUAUUUCUUUUAAAAGAUUUGAUAAUAGCUACAAAAUUAAGAAAAUACAAUAUGAUAUAAUGAAAUUGUAUUUAAAAACAUUGUAUAUGCACGCUCAUGUAGAUCACAGGUGAGCCUCUUCCAUUCAAAGUUUUAUCAUGCUUUUCUUGCAAUCUACUUGCCCACAGUACUCCUACCCAUUUCCAUUCUUUACCUCUCCGGGUAGUGUUCAAGUAACGUAAAAAGAAGAUUCGUUAUGAAAGGAAAGUUAGAAGAGGAAAGUCCACCCCCCCGCCCCCCUUACAGAAUUAAGCGAAAAUCAGCUGUCAAUUCUCAUAAAAUGCCUUCAUUGAGAGUUUUGAUAUCAAUCAAAAUGUCCUGUUUUAGUUUAAUUGUCCCCUUUGAAUAAUAUAUGGCCAGCAUAUGGUUAUUUUGAUGUGAUAUGUUAACAGUUCACAAUUUUCACGAGAACAUUUCACUUUGUCCUCAAGAUGAGUGUGAAAAUUACAGCUGUAGAGUCGAUUGGUUCAGGUUUAGCUGUUUUGAAGAAACACAUAUGUUUUAUUUGGAAAAGUUAUUAUCAGUGAUUAACAUCUGUCCCUGAAAUUUCAUUUCUACAUGAUUUCCGCCUUUUAUGUAAGCAAUGAGGUGUGAUGAUCUAAAAUGAAGUCAUUUUUUCGAGACGCUAAGAGAUAUCAACAAUUUCUCAAGCUUAUAGAAAUUCAUCACAUAAUUUGAUCAAUUGAAAAAAAGUUGAAAGAACUUGCGUAAAACAAUUCUUGGGAAUUUUAAACAAUAAACAUGUUUUCACAUGUGUGUCAUAAUAAAAGCUUGUUAUUUCUUGAGUUUGGCUUUGAAAAAGAAAAAAACUUUAGAUAAACGUUAGAUUUUCGUUUAACAGUACUCAAAAUAUUCUUGGUACCAGAGCUUAAGGCAUUGGAAGAGGAAAGGGAAAAGUAAAACUCAAUUUUUUAGGCUCUGGUACAAAAGAUAUCCUCAGAGUAAAGAAUAUCUGAAUAAGGUUACAAACGUUAAGUAAGCAGUUUCUAUCAGUUAGCAUGAAAUCCAUCCUAAACUGUUUACUAGCAAAAACUUAAUAUUCAAUUAUUAGUCUUUUGCAAAUAAUGCUGGCUUCAAUAUAGUCCCGGUAAUAAACUGCCAUCAGGAACAGAUUUUUGCAAAAACUUAAGGGAAAUUAACUCUCUGUUUUCUAAUAGAUGAUAUGUAUAUAAGAAAACAAAGAGUGAAAAGAAUUGUUGACUCUGAUUUGUUUAAUAUUUUUAACGAUAGAAGUUAUCUAAUACCGUUUUUAAAGAUAUCUGCCGAUUGUUGAAUGAACAAAUUGGUUUAAUACUACACCUGUAAGAUUGCGGUAUCAAUCUGAAUAUUGUUUUGUUUUGGCAAUCGACUGUCAUGGGAAUUGAAAUCAAAUCUCUCCGUGGCUGUUUGUGACCCCCUGGAUCGAUGGCAGAAUAUUAACUAUUAAUACUGCAGGAUAUCUUCUUCAGUUCACUCCAAUAGGAUCAGAAAUGGAUGUUCCAGAGAAUUCCGAUGAUCAUGAAGAAAAUAGAAAUAUAGUUGGAUUAACCAGAGAGGCAACGAUUAUCGAAGUCUUCGAAGCCGAGAAGGAGACUGCCGCUUUGGAAGAAACGAUUAAGGAGCUGGAAAUUCAAAAUGAUGCUGAUGCAAGUGAUGACGCUACUACAAUUGUUGACUUCAAAAGUUUGAUGUCAAAGAAAGUUAGGGACAAAUAUUCGCUACUGCUUUAUCUAUGCUUGCUAACAUUUGAGGCCGACCUCCCGGAGCAAUUUUAUGAUGCCCUUUUUAAAUCAAACUUAAUGGCAAAAAUAAUACAACAGAUUAAAGGAGAAGAUUUUCGAAAAACAUCGACAAAGGAUUUGUGCUAAUUAAUGAGUGUGUGAUUUUCAUCUGCAUUUCGCUAUUUUGAAGACGUCUGCUGUACUUCAGAACUUUGAUGUCACAAUUCGACGUUGGUAUAAAGUAUUGAAUCAAUGUCAUCGAAAAUUAUGAAUCGGAAGAUCGAAUAGAAAAAUGGUAAAUGCUUUUAAAAAGAUGAAUCGAAUAUUAUAACAUAACCUAGCAAUAAAUUCAUGAGGCCCUGGCUUGUUUUUGCAAUGGCCGAAAAUAAUUUACGUAGUAAAACGUGACCUCAAUACAUCAAGGAAAACAUAUGUUUGGGCAAUCAAACAUCAUUUGCAGGUGCAAUUUGACGUAAUGUCUUUGAGCCAUUUAUAUGUUUUUGUUUAACUUACUCGCUUUUUAAUAUAGCAUUGAAAUGCGACGGUAAACUAAUUCUUUUUGCAUAUCUUAGCACGUUCCCUGAUAUGCCGACAGUAAUUUUGUUCAGAAGUUUCAUCAUUUUUCAACCUUGAUCUUUUGGUAUAGCUCACUGCUCAAACUGAGAAAUGACGUUGUUAGAUUGCCAUAUAGAUAUCUAUAGCUAACGUGUCACCAAAACAUUGUUACUUCCAUUUAUAAAAACUUUAUAUAUUUGACAGUUGAAUCAAUAGUUCUUUGAAAGACUUAAUACGUGAAUACUUGCUUAAACUCCCAAAAAUAGAUAGAUGUGAUUCAAAGAUUUAAUCCCUGCUUUCACAAAUUAUGUUUAUUAAAGACCGACAUUAUUUUAAAUUACGUUGGUAAUUAUGUUAUUAUUUCUUGAAAAGUUUGUUAGAUGUAUUAACAAUAGAUAUUUUCAAGGUGGCGGUAAUCUUCUUUGUAUAUACUCAGGUUAUGCUUACAGUCAGAAUCUAGAACCAUGGAACCCUGAGCUAGUUACAAAAAUCCUUUCAGAUGACAAAUCAAAUAUUUAAAAAUCAAUUAAAGAGCAAAAUCGAUCAAUGCUUUCUAAUUCAGUACAUAAUAUUAUCUCCUUUCUUUUCCUGAUUUCUUAUUUUUACUUAAGCCAUGUAAUGUUAAAUUUAAUAAUUUGACGUAGUUCGUAUGAUUGUUGUAUAUAUUAUCAUGAAAAUCAUUAUAUAUAUUUAUGUCAACUUAAUGAUUAUGAUCCAUUAAAUCUAAUAUUUUUUCCUUAACUAUAGUAAGAUUACGUUUUUGUACAGAUAAGGUAAUCGAUUUCAUGUUUUUUGUACCUACUAACCUGACGUCUGCCAAUUCUUUGUUUUCAUUUAUCAUGGAUAAUGGUGUAGUGGCAAAAAUCGAUUGAAUAAUGUAUAUUACAGCCGUAAAAUAAUUUGAGAGAUUGUUUGGUUUCUUCCAAUACGCUCUUUCUAAAGAAAUUCUGUCUUCUAAUCUUGACAGAUAUGUUGAAGCAGUUUAAUUAGUAUUACGAAUGCAUGUACGACAAGCAUUUCUUCCCAAAAAAACAUUUGCUUCAUAAUAAAUAUGUUUCUGAAGAAGGUAGGAAGUGCAUAAAUGCUAGGAUGCAACAUUUCCGAGGUUUAUCAUAACACGAGGUUUAUUUAUUAUUUUGAAAUAUAGAUGGGAUUAACUUAUCCGAAAUUGUUUGCCUCUUUGCAUUCAAACUAAUUAAGCAACUGUCUUGAAUGUCUUGUCUGUUGAACAAAAAGAUGCCUAUUUAUUGUCAAAAGAACUCUAUUUAAUAUUCAAUUUUUUAACGCAUUUUCAGCUCAGAUCAUUUUCAGCUCAGCUCAAUAGAUGGAAUUUUCAGACUAUUAAACUUGCCGCAUUUGGAAAUGCAACAAUUAACAUCGACAGGAGAUUGUAAAGACAGUAAAAUGCUAUCAAUACUUUCCCACGUUCUCAGCCUAUAUGUGUAAAUGCCCUUCACCUGCCAAAACACAGAAGGCAUAUUUUCUCACAGUGGAAUACAGAUAUCUUUUUUUGCUGUUGAUGGGCUGAUCCGAUGGCGUCAUAACUGCUCGAUGGCUGCAGAAUUUAUCAUCUCAACUUGUUUACUAUCCCCAUGAAAAUUGUGAAGCUGAUGUCUUUUAUCAACAAGACAGGCCUUUCUUCUUCAAAAUUCAGAGUGGUGAUUUGAUCAAGCAAAACAUUUAAUGACGAAUAAAACAAAUCACUUUAUGAAAAUCACUUCAAUCUAAUUUUUGCACAAACUUUUGGUUCGUUGUUAUUAUUUAGUGAGAAUCUAUUGAACUCAAAAUUUCCACGAGAGUAAGGUUGCAAAAUUUGGAUUUUUUCUGGUACCAGUAGAUCUAGUUUUAGUUUCUAAGCUUUAAAAGGCACUGUCGCAUUUGUUUACUUUGUAGGAAAAGGACAAAGGUGAUAUUGAGGAUUUCCUAAAAUGAUUGGGCGAAUUUAGUAUUUAAGACAAAAUGUAUAACAUUGCUUAAGACCAUGAUAGUAUGUAGCAAAAAAGGAACGCUGCAACGCACUGAGAAUAAGGAACAAUAAACACACGUAAAUUAACUGAGGCACACUUAAAUUAAAUGAUAGUAUAUUGAUGCUUCCUUCUUAAUCUGACGUUAUAUCAACUGCUGCGCGAAAGCCGAAUUCGUGGAAUUUAGCUAGAAUGGCAGUCUUUCUAACGCGAAUAGAUACAAGCGAAAAAUGAGUACAUCACAUCAACAUCAGCAGGUACAAGGCAGCUACACUAAUUUUGCAGAAGCUCCAACUAGCUUUAUAGCAAAAGAAAGUGCUUCAUGUGAAACUGAACUUGACAUAGAAGAUGCUAAAUUAGAUUUCGAUGCAACUGGAAAGAGGAACUAUCUUUCAGCAUGUGAAAAAAUUGGCACCACGCCAGUGUCACAUUUGAUAGAAAACCUUGCUCAGCCUGUGGUGCAUUUGAGGUAUCAUGGUAUUGGAUCAUCAGGUGCAAUUGCUCUUUCAAGGGCACUCGGGAUAAAUACAAUGAUUGUGGAAUUGGAUCUCUAUGAAAAUUAUGUGGGACAAUCUGGAGCAAAAGCUAUUGCGGCAAUGCUAAAAGAAAACUGCUACAUAGCGAAUAUGAAUCUUGGCAGAAACUAUUUGACUCCUGAUGGCUGUAAAUGGAUAUGUGAGAUGCUUCAAACCAAUACAAGUUUGUUAAAAGUGGAUUUAUCAUGCAAUGAAUUUGGUGAUAAAGUUGGAGACAAUUUGGCUAACGCUAUAAAAAGCAAUUGUAAAUUGGCUUGGCUGAACCUGAGUGAAAAUGACCUUGGUGAGAAGGUCGGCAUAGCGUUGGGCCCAGCUAUCACAAUGAAUGACGCAUUGGAGCAUUUGGAUUUGAGCUGGAAUCAAAUCAGGGGAAAAGGAGCUGCAGAUGUGGCUGCUGGCCUUUGGACAAAUUGCACUCUCAAGUAUUUGGACCUGUCUUGGAACGGUUUUGGAAAUCUUGGGGCCCUGGCCUUAGCUGAAGCACUCAGAGCGAAUAAUACUUUGACAGAACUUGACAUCAGCAACAAUCGAAUUGGUACAGAUGGUGCUCUUCUUCUUGCUAAAGGAAUCAGUGGCAACAAUACUCUUGAAAUACUUAAAAUGGACGGUAAUCCGAUAAGAUCAACUGGAGUUGUCUUGAUAGUUUCUGCAGUUAAUAACAAAAGCGACACUGCUAUUCGAGAGCUGCAUUUCAAAGGAAUAGUUGUUGAUGAAGAGUUUGAAGAACUUCACAAAGAAGUGACAGACACAAAGAAAAUUGUCGUUUUUGCAGAGUUUUCAAGAGUUUCUGCUCUCCAAAAGAUCCAAAGACUAAUAGACGCAGACAAGGAUAAAUGGAUUCUUGCAUUCGAGGAAUUGGACGAACAUCAUAUAUUACGUGUUCCAAACGAGGUUUUUUUCAAUGUUGUUGAGACACUUGGUUUACACCUUAACACUGAAGAAAAGCUUGUGCUUAGUUCCAAACUGAAGUCGGACAGCUUUGGUAACAUUUACUAUAGGCACGUUCUUCUUGGUUUCUCAAAAGAAACGCCCAGUAAAGAACAGUCUCAAGAAAGCAGCGAGAAUUGAAAUUUAGUGCUUAAUAAUGUUUCUACUCAUCUAUAGGUUUAUAGUAUUGUUUGUUAAAGUCUUUUAAAUAUUUCAUUGUAAGCUAGAACUUUGCAUUGAACAGGAAAAUAGUCAGGUAGUAAACAGUGUCAUGCUAAGAUAGAGAGUAUUAUUUUUUCUUUUAAAUCUGAGAAGCUAGCUUUCUUCUGGCACAUUCUACUCGACAUAAAUUUAUGAAAAUCUUAGCAAUAUGAGCAGCUAAUGAGCAGAUCCAAAAUUCACCUCGUUCUCUGGAACUGGUUCAGGUUUUGCUUAUUUGCCAGUGUUUUCACUUGAAAUCGCGCUUUAAAUUUUAAAAUCGGAACAAUGUUUGUUACUUUUUGAAGUUGUUGUGUUAUCCAAGAUAUAUUUAAAUUGCUUUCUUAGAGCCUCAAAUUUUAGAUGAACAAUAACAAAAAUCUAACAACAAGAUUAUCAAUGAGCUAAUAAUGUAAAAUAAUUUAUUCGAUAUAAUCCAUAAUAUGCAGUCACAAGAUGCUUUGGACGCCCAGAAAAGCUCAAAUUUGAGCUGCAGAGCCAAGUGCUCCGAUUUAAGUAAUCUAGCUAAUUUAGUGAGGUAGAAAAAGUGAGGUACCUAGAAAAAGCAGUAAUCAUACACUAUACAGUUCAUUUUCAUUUUAUCAUAUUUAUACACAAAAACCAUAUCAGCUUCUAAGUUAAAAAAGAA